AUGGACCAGCUGCUUCGGACGGGCCCUGGCCCAGGUUCGAUUCAGAAGAAGCCGGUUCCCAGCGUGCCGAGAGAUCACGCACUCGGUCCAGCAAGCGCAACUGUCAGGAGUGGUCGGCCUCUGGCAACCUGGGUCGACGACUUGGGGUCAGGGCCCCCUGCAGCCCCAACGCUGGUGGUCACCCACAAAGUGAGCCCGCGUGGUGCGUCCUCUGCAUGGACGUGCCAAAUCUGCAGCGAGCGCAGCAUUCCUGCCAGCCUGUCGAGCUGUCCGACAUGCAAGCGAAGUCGCGGGACGGAGCUCAGACGUUCCUACAUGACGGCCGCAGAGAUGACGGAGUCUGUGGUCAAUGCCGUGAAUGGCGCCGAGCUUCAAGCAGGAGGCUCGGCAGCGCCAAGCUUCAAAGCACAGCGGCGCGGCACUAGCCCAUCCAGAGCUCGUGGAGAGGCAGCGACUUUACCUGGCAGAACAGUCACCACCAAAGAGCGCGGUCUUGCUCCCGCUCUCGGCGGCAAUGGUGGCUCCGGUGCACGCGUCACCUUCAUGGAUGGUCUUGGUGUUCGAAGUGUUCGAACGCCCGACGUGAAAAGAGAGAAGCACAAAGAAGACAGCUUUGGCUUCCCAGGCAGGCCCAGAGGACAUGCCGCGGAUCGACAGGAGGAAGAGCAUGAGACACCACUCCGACCGCUCCGCCCACUCAUCUCCAACCUACCAGAGGCUCCACGGAACACGGGAGGUCGCCAUUCAGGUCUGGCGGACGUCCAUGAGCCUCCGCCGCCGUACAUGCCACCUGAGCCGCUGCCCGCAAGCCCGCUGGAGCAUCCGCCAAAAGGAUUUCGAAGUGGAGGCCGCGACAGAGGCAUGGCUGGGCCACCGCUUCCAAAUCCGGCCAGCAGCGAUGCCUGGCCGACUUCAGACUGGGUCUCGGGCCGGCAAGCGGGCAGCGCUCCAACUGGGGCCGCGGCGAGCGCGGCGAGCGCGGCGAGCUCUGCUCCUGCUUUCUUUGGAGGAAGCCUCACGCAGCCCCGCAAAGAAGGCAGAGCAGAGCGCAAGAGUGUGCAGCCCGUGGCGCACGCACAGCCUCCUUCCUCGGCAGAGGUGAGGCAUGUCAGGGAGACUGUCCCGAAGGAAUCGCCGGCGCGGCCAGCACGGCUAGGUCGAUCCAUGGAAGAACCGCCACGGCCUCUUCCCAUGGCAGAAUCGGCGUCGGCACCCUCGCUGCACGCAACGGCGAAGCAAACGCAGGAAGCUCCUGCAUGCAUCAGCAUCAGCAUGCAAAUCAGCCCCAUCACCAUCCCAUCACCCAUCACCUGGCGCUCAUCAGCUUCGACGGAGAUUUUCCAUCAGGUGCGUGCCAGGAAGCCGGAGGUCGCAGAUGUGAACAUGGACAUCGAAGCGGUGCUGGAGGCACAGAAGCGGCGCAUCGAGGGCUUGAAGAACAAGCUCAACAUGACCAUUGCCUGA